AUGAAGCUUGUAGUACGCACCGGCCGUGAAGCCUGCUGGACACGCAAGUCUAAUGAAAUAGAAGAUCCAUGCGAUGGAGUUCCGGGAAGCGCCACUGCCUGUGACUCUGUGGACCGCCAAGCACUGUGGCGGUGUCUGUGGAGCAGAGGUGUCCCCCAUAAAUUCCUGAACCUCAUUAAGGCGCUGUACGCCAACUCCCGCGGCCGUGUAAAGGUCUACGGGAAGCUUUCUCCUGAGUUCACCACAUCAAGUGGUGUCCGACAGGGUUGUCCUCUUUCACCUUUCCUCUUUAACUUCUGUCUAGCUGGCAUGCCAACGGAAGGGGGCACGAUGGUUGUGAUAUUGCCAAUUUGCUUAAGCCUAGACAGGAACAGUCGAGAUGCCAAGGUUAUUUUCGAACCACGGACGUUCCUGUCCCUAAGCUGGCGCCAUAACCACAACUAUCUCGAGCACGGAAAGGGUCGUAAAUCUGAACCAAUAAUAUUAUAUUUAAUCGACCGUCUCUCGGUGUCACCAACUGAGUUGCUUUACUUGCUACAUACAGCAGCGCGAGUAAACGAAAACGUGAUACCUCUGACGCCUCAAUUUUUACACUUUCAUGUAUCCCCGCUUCUACCCUAUUCUGUCCGAUUUAAAAACUAUCUCUGCAGGUCCCAACCAGUCCUAGGACUGGUCGCUUUGUUCGCCGUGCAUCACGCUCAGCCACAGUUUCUGUUAUCCUCUAUUAUUCACACACUGAAACAACCAGGACAAUUAGUGACCUCUGCUCGUACGCUGGAUGCUCUUUGUAUUGAUGUGCACUAUCUGUCAGACACAAGGAUACAUACAGUACGCGAGUACCCUGAAGCAAUCGUUCCCCAUUGUCCGUACGUAAUUGAACUGGCUGCUCGUUUGCUCUAUUCCAGUUUCCGCGAGAUGGCGAGAUGGCUCAAGUUGUUGGAGCGCGAAUUUACUGACCGGAAGGUCCGUCGUUCGAACCCGACCUCUGCCACUCGACUUCCCCUGUCUAGGCUUGGGCAACCUGACAGUAUCCCAGCCCUCGUGAAACCUUCGGGUGGCAUGGCAGCUAGGCACCGAAAGGGUGUUACAGCUGAGAGAUUUAUUUAUUUAUUUAUUAUUUUACUUCCAGUUUCCGCUGCGCACCUCUGUGGCCGAGCGAAUGCCUCUUUGGCUGGUGAGAUAAUCGUUGAUAAUCGCCUCCGCACGUUCCGUUUGGCAAAGCUUGUGAAAGAAUCUAGGGAAUGUGAGGUCCAUCGCACCCUGUUUAUUGUGUCUGAAUACGCUGCAACUAAGUGUAGCCCUGAAUCUCAAAAGGACAGUAGACUAAGCACUGCUGAGGUCCACUUGGUUGGUCGUCUUGGAUUGGAUACGAGACGCACGGACAACCGAAAUUGUCUAAUUCAGAUGUGUCAAUCACAGACUCUUCCUUUCGCAACACCGAUUCCCGGAGCAGCGGAAACCGCUUGGGAACGUGGUGCCUACCGACGAGCCUACCAUUGGUUGCUAACAGUGGGAGUCGAUCACUGCAUUCCGUUUCUUCUGAAAUACUAG